UCUGUCUGCCUCAGUGUUAGCCCAUGUGCACUGAUGCAGAGAACAGACCCCUACUGCCUCUCCUGGGUUUAGAGAGCAAUUUGAUUCUGUGUGGCUCAACCUUUUUACUUCCUACUGCUUGACUUGCUGCUCCUUACAACAGCUAGUACCACUUGAAAGGGGUGUUUGAUUAGCAGAAACAAUGGAUUCUGAUUCAGAUGCACCCUUUCAUUAUUCUUGGCCAUCCUUACCUAAAAUGAAGAUUCGAAAAAGGACAUCCAAAACAAAAGCUCAGCAACAUUCCCCAUUUGAGAUAUACAGGAGAAAACCAAAUCCUUCUACCUUCUUUGCUGCAGCCAGACUUUCAGCUAUGCUAAAUGGAAGUGAUGAGGUGUAUGCAAACCGCAUGGUAGUGGAUCAGAUGGAAGAUGCUGGUAUCAACAGCCAGACUACUUCUGAAACUAACACAGAUUCAAAUAAAGAUCCAGAGGUGUUGGAAAAUAUUCCAAGUAACCAAAAGCUAUCAACGCUUAUGAUACCUAGCUUGGAUACAGCAGGUUCUUACAUGCCACUAAAGAAGACACAUGCUCUUAGUAAUCUGCGAAAUCAUCGUUAUCCCUUUAUUAAAAAACGAAGUUCCAGUCUUGAUGACUUGGAUGUCGACAGUGGAGAUGAAAGAAUGUCUAACCGAUCCCACAACUGCUAUUCUUCAGUGUCCUACAACUCUUCUGUGGUCUUGCCUAGUAAUAGUGGUAGGUUAAGUGCUUCAGAGACCACUGCUGGACUGGACGGUAGCAUGAGCAGAGCUGAAUCUCUUCCUUUAUCCAACAGUUUACACUCCAAGGAAUCUCUGCUUUCGGGGAUUCGUUCUCGUUCAUAUUCUUAUACUUCACCCAAGGUCUUAUUAGGGAAACCACAGUGUUCCCGGGAAUUUACACAAUGUGAUUCAAAUGAUGAAUCACACACAUUCAGCUUUCAUGAACAUUCAGAAAAAAGGAUUCAAGAAGAAGAAUGGGAUAAGUACAUUAUGCCAACAAAAUCAGAAUCUGAAAAAUAUAAAGUUAGCCGAACAUUCAGUUUUCUAAUGAAUAGAAUGGCCAGUACACGAAAUAAAUCUAAGGCAAAAAGCAAAGAUGCCAAAGAAAAAGAGAAAGUUAACAGACAUCAGUUUGUUUCUGGAUCUUAUGCUGGGGUAAUGCCUUGUUUUACAUGUGAGAAACCACUGUUGGGGAAAGAAUCAUUGCAAUGUUCCUAUUGCAGUGCAAUUGUGCAUAAAAGUUGUAAGGACUGUGCUCCUGCAUGUACAAAAAAAUUGCAAGAUAGAAGCCAUGUUAAGAACAAGAUACAAACUGUCCAGACAAAUCCAUCGUUCAGAGAUACUCCACAGCCAGCAUUCUUGACAACUCAGCCUUCUACCACAAUUCCCAUUGGAGUAUCCACUAUGAAAAAAGAAGCAUUACAGCAACAACACUCCUUAUCCAGAAGUGUUCCAAGUACCACUUCUGAAAGAAAGUGUAUGUCCUCACUGGAGCCAGAUACUAAUACCAGCAGUUGGAGAGCUAGGUCACACUCUGAAGAGCUGCUGCAAACGAUAGGAUCUGCUUCAUCUGCUGACUCCUUUAUAAUUGAAGAUGAUGUUGAUGCCUCUUUAUGGAGUGACCUCAGCACUGAUACAUUGGAAUUUGAGGCAGAGUCUUGGAGUCUGGUUGUAGAGCCUUGGUUUUGUAACCAACAAGAAAAGGAUGUUAUCAAGCGGCAAGAUGUAAUCUUUGAACUAAUGCAAACAGAAGUGCAUCACAUCCAUACCCUGUUCAUCAUGUCCAAAAUAUUCAGAAAAGGGAUGAAAGAAGAACUACAGCUAGACCACAGCACAGUGGACAAAAUAUUCCCUUGCUUAGAUGAGCUGCUAGAACUUCAUCAGCAAUUCUUCUGUAGGAUGAAGGAAAGGCGACAGGUCUCAAGUCAGGAGGGAAGUGGCAGAAAUUUUGUGAUCAACAACAUUGGAGAUGUCCUUGUGCAGCAGUUUUCAGAAGAGAAUGCAAGAAAAAUGAAGACCAUCUAUGGGGAGUUUUGCAGUCAUCAGAAAGAAGCAGUCAGCCUUUUUAAAGAGUUGCAACAAAACAAAAAAUUCCAGAACUUCAUAAAACUACGGAACAGUAAUCUUUUGGCCCGGCGUCGAGGAAUCCCAGAAUGCAUUCUGCUUGUCACUCAAAGAAUCACAAAGUACCCAGUUCUAGUGGAAAGAAUAUUACAAUAUACCAAAGAAGGAACUGAAGAACACCAGGAUUUGUGUAAAGCCCUUAACCUUAUCAAGGAUAUGAUUGCAGCAGUUGAUUUGCAAGUCAAUGAAUAUGAGAAGAAACAGAAGUUGCUGGAGAUUCUUAGUAAAGUUGAAAACAAAACAUAUACCAAACUGAAAAAUGGACAUGUUUUCAGGAAACAAGAUUUGAUCAAGAAACAGAGGACACUUCUGUAUGAAGGCUUAGUCUACUGGAAAACAGCUACAGGACGUUUCAAAGAUAUUUUAGCUCUGCUUCUAAAUGAUGUGAUGUUGUUUUUACAAGAAAAAGAUCAGAAGUAUAUAUUUGCAGCUGUUGACCAGAAGCCUGCUGUUAUAGCUCUUCAGAAGCUUAUUGUCAGAGAAGUGGCCAACGAAGAGAGAGGGAUGUUCUUGAUCAGUGCCUCCUCCACAGGACCCGAGAUGUAUGAAAUUCAUACUAGUUCCAAAGAGGAGCGCAGUCACUGGAUGAGGCAGAUUCAAGAGGCAGUGGAAAGUUGUCCAGAGGAAGAAGGCAAAAUGUGUGAAUCAGACGAGGACCGAAAAAUAACUGAAGCCAGAGCAGCCAAAAUUCAAAAAUGUCAAGUACUCUUGAAUAAUCAGGACCAGCAGAUCUGUAACUACUUAGAAGAUAAGCUUAAUAUCUAUGCAAAGCUUGGAAACAUGAGUGGGUUUGAAGAAGUUCAUGUGGAACCACAUCUACUUAUCAAACCUGACUCUGGAGAAACUCCUCAAGUGGCCUCACUUCUGGCUGCAGCUCUCAAGGAAGCGGAAAACCUUCAUACGGCAGUAGCAUUAUUGCAAGUGAAAGAUACGAGAAGCCGCUCAAAGGAAGAGAGCGUUGGAGACUCAAGUCUGGCAAAUCUUAGUGAAACUGAACUCUGUGAACCUUUCACUGAUUGUACAGAACUGAAGGUAGAGAAAGAAACUUGUAACUCUGACAUGCACGAUGAAAACAACGUAGCAGAAGUGGAUACGCUAGACCAGGAAGGAAACACCUGCUUUUCUGCUUCUGCCCAAACUGAGAUUGUACAGACUAUCCAGAAUUUAACACGGCUCUUAUACAGCGUUCAGGCAGCCUUGGCUAUCCAGGAUACUCACAUCGAGAUCCAUAAGCUGCUUCUGCAGGAACAUGAAAGAUCCAGCUUGAGUCACAGCCCACGUAGCACUUUCUUCCUCGAACAAGAAAAGCACCGAAACUUUAAAUCAAAGGAAGAAUUUGCAAAUAUUCAUAAACUCCAGCACCAAUUCCAGCAAGAGCAGCAGCGGUGGCACCGUGAGUGUGAACAGCAGCAACAGGAGCAUGAGACAAGAGAGAGCCGGUUGCUGGAGAAGGAGAAAGAGUGCUUCAGCCAAGAAGACUCGCUUUGCAAAAACUGGAAAGAGCUGGAUAGCCAACUGCAAGAUUACCAACAGAACCUAGAGAGACUCAGGGAGAGUCAAAGGAUGGCGGAGAAGGGGCGGGAAACUGUCAAGCUGCAGCAAAAGAUUCUGCGCCACUGGAAGCACAGCCAUCAAAGCGGUCUGCCGACUGUCAUCUCAUCAGGAAACCACGAGAUCAUGGGACCUCUUCAUUUGGACAGUUUUUGUGGUGAGAAUUCAGUCAUCAUAAAAGAAACCCUAGUACAGAUGUCCUUAAACCACCUCAACAGAUCAAAUUCUCUAGCUUACCAAGACUGUGGGCACAGUGUAAAUUUGACAGAUUCAGAGCCCAGGAGAACUGAAAAUCAGGUCAACUUCAACAUGGAUGUUUCUUGUCAGCAAGCAUUCACUGCUGAUCUCACAAAAUCAACGGGACUCUGCCAUCAUACUUCUUCUUCCAACACAAGUCAGUCAGAUCCUUGUAACAAUCAUAUGAAUGCAUUGCAGAGCCAGUGCCCAAGAAGAUUGCAAGAUUUUGAUUCAAGUCAUGGAAACUUUCAGUUACUUCACCCUUCAGAUGUUCUGCUUCAUAACUUAUCUUGUGACAUGGAACAAGAGUCAGAAAAUGGAGGCAUGGAAGAGAAGAUUGUUUAUCUCUAAUCCCUCCAUCUGUAAUAUUAAUAUAGUAGCACUUUGGGAUAGCAUUUCUAAUUGUAGUUACUCUUUAUUCAAAUUGCUUUGCCAGUAUAUUAAUUUAUUUCAAAAUACAAAUUUUCCCUAUCCAUAGGAUACAAAUUAAGUUAUUUUUGAAAAUAUUCCUGUAAUAUUUAAAUUGUGACAUCUGAAACAUUGAUGGGCUCUAAAACUAGACAUGGUGUAUAUAUGUACAUAUACAUAUGUGUUUGUAUGUCUGAAGUAAGAUAUCACCACUACACUAGAUUAGGUGGAAAGAUUUUUGUUUUAGAUUAUGUAUACUAUCUGUAAUAUGAGCAACUGGGAUUUAAGAACGCAACUUCAAUUUUUUAAAAAAAAGCACCAAGUGAUAUCAAAUGAUAUAAUGGAAAAGCAGGAAUGAAAACCUCAGUCUGGUGGUUGUUGUACUUUCUGAGUGCACAGUGGUGGAUUUACUAUAAACUUUUAUAAGCCAAUCAUGAACAAUUUACCUCAGGUUGGUUCCCUUCAGAGACAUUGGACUUCAGUUCGUGAAAUCACCAACAAGCAGGCAUCAGGUUGGAGAAGGCUGAUGUAUCUGCAUUGUUCUCAAUUACUUUCCAAGUUAUGUGACCACAGUAUGUCUUUCAUAUUAGUCUCAUGACAUGCAUACAGACAUUAUCGUGUCCUGACAUAGCGAUGAAAAAGCCUAGAAAAGUCUGUGCUGAUAAUCUAGCUUAACCCAGGUCACAUAUCUCUGGGUGGGGAAGCACACCUAUACACUUGAAAUAAAACCUCUUCUGAAUCUCACUAUAUUCUUUCAAUUGAAUUAGCACACUAGGAUCUCUCCCACAUUAUAGUUUAGCAGGUUAUUUUUAUCUUGUUUCCAUUAUGAACCUUUUGAUCUAUAGUCUAAGGUGAUCCUAAUAUUAUAUUUUAACAGCAAACAGCUUUAGGAAAUGAAUUCAUGGCCACAUAUUCAUCGUUCCAAGCUACAUUUGUUUAUUAUAUCAUUCCUUAAUAGAUAUUUUUGUCAUUCUUAUCUAGCGUGUACAUCUCUUGCUAUCCAGGGGUCAGUUUUAUGUGUUGCCUUAGAAUUUGUUCUUACCUGUUGAGAGUGCCCUUUCAUAUCAAAAGCAGCAAAAUCAUGACAUUUCUGUCUCACAUGGGGCAGAAGACUAGGAGGGGGAAUAAGAACAAAUGUAGGAUUUUUAUUUUUUUAAACAGCUAAUCAAAACCCACUGAUUUUUUUUUUACAUGCAUGGACUAUGAAUCAGUGUAUACCUUUCAGGCUGCAGAGCUUUGAUACAGUAUAAUA